GUUCAACCCUUGAUAUGUCAGAUUCAAACAAAUACUCGUCACUGGAUAGCUGGAAUUGACACUUCAUCUCUAAUCCACAUCAGAAUCUAGGAUUGAAAGUUACAGCGAUAUAAAGCUAAUGGCAAUUUAAAGAGUUGUCUCCCAUUUAGUUUUGAUGACACAUCCUGGGCAAAGAUUUUUUUUCUGAAGAAUUUUUCGCAUCAUGGGUUGUGGAGGAUCAACCCAGAAUAGUCAAGAGAAAGAGGAUUAUUUGAGAGAACCAGAAAAUGACUUGGUAGAUUUAGAAGAAUCCAUUGUGGGGUACCCACCUCCAAAGCCGAGCUUAAAAGGAAAGAAGCAAAUUUUUACAGAACAAGAUAAAACUACGGCGGAUGAUAAAGCCAGACAAAUUAAAGUUGAAGACUAUCGAACCCUGGAUGACUUGGCGCAUGCUCUGACGGACGGAUUAAUAAAUGACGUCCAAAAGGUGCGCACGAUUUUCACUUGGAUUGGAUUACAGGGGUCAAAGAAAAAUAAAUCUAAAAAGGGAGACAAUAAAAGCCGAGAUGUCACUUUGCCAAAAACCAUUGUACAACAAAUUACACAAAGAAAACGCUCGUACAAUUACUUAUUUAUUAGCCUUUGUAGGGCUGCUAAAAUCCCGUCUGUACUCAUUCGGGGACUAGGGAAAAGUGCGUCCUACGAAGUAGGUGACAGAGAUGUAGAUAAUCUUAACAACUCAUGGACAGCUGUGUAUGUAGCCGGAGGGUGGCGCUUUGUGUUUCCGCUUUGGGCUUUCUCAGCAGUGGUUGGUCACUCCAAGGGAACAUGGACGCUAAUAGAAGACAAAGGAAAAGGUACAAGAGAAAAAGAAGAAGAAUCAUCAGGUCAAACAAUCAGCCAUAUAAACGACUAUUACUUCUUUACGGAUGCAGAAGAGUUCAUCUAUACUUGUUACCCCUAUGACUCAAAAUGGCAACUGCUUACUCGGCCAUUCAGCAAAGAGGACUUCAUAGAUAUCGCAUAUUGUAGUCAAGACUAUUUUGAGAAUCACUUCAAAAUCACAACACCAAAUAAAUGCCUCUAUACAUCUGCUGGCGGGGUAUGUGAUAUUGGGAUAAAGAAGUUAGAUAAAAAAGAAAGUUCUUAUACAUAUAAGCUGUAUUUCAACCACAAGGAAUCGAAGACAACCUUGUCCUCUGAAAUACAGCUAGAGAGAUACGUAGCCAUGUUCAAUGAAGGGCCCUCCGUUAAGUUUUUUGUUCGGUUUCCCUGUGAAGGCAUAUAUAAGAUGGAGAUCUUUGGUGACCAUUCCCCUCUAUGUGAAUUCAAACUUGAGUGUAAUGAGAAUAUUAACUUUAUAAAACCAUUUCCUUAUAAUCCAGAGUGUGGAUUUGGUCCUAACUCACUAACGAAAAAAGCCGGGCUCCGUCCGCAGUCACACAAGUGUGGCUUCAUUAAUAUCAGAAAGACGACGAAUAUCACCGUGAUAUUUGAUAUCAAAAAGACAGUGUUUGUCCAAACAAGCUUGAUACACAAUGAUAUCGAACAGGAGACGUUGAAUAAACACGUGACCAAUAAGAUUAAAGGUCAGGAGCUUGAUAUCAAUGUAAAUUUGCCUCAAAAAGGAGAAUAUGCGCUUCAGAUCAACGCAAAGGACAAAGAUUCAGAUGGCUCAUUCAAGAAUGCCUGCAACUACCUUUUGACCUCAGAAAACAUUAACAAAAAGCGGAAGCCCUACGAGAAUCCGAUAGAAAAAAGAAUCAGGAAGGCCUUACAGGACCAAACUUGCUCCAAUGACGUAGAAGCUCUUCAAAAAGCCCUGGAUGACUUUGAUAAGGUAGAUCUAGACGACAAAGGGGAUCGUCAACAGGCAGAAGAAAGGUUGGCGUACCUUACCCUACUAAAAGGUACCAAAUACACAAUCUAA